AUGACGGGCCUCCUUACUAAGCCCUCACGUUUUUCUUAUUGUUCCUCAGAUUGCACUCUGAAAGGAGAAUCCUCUAGGGAGAUUAUUCUGGAGUGUGGGAAAUGGCCCCUGGGGCUCCUGUCAACCAGAGACAAGGCAUUAAUGGCCUUCCGUGAUGUGGCUGUGGCCUUCAGCCAGAUGGAGUGGGAACUGUUGAGUCCAGCUCAGAAGACCCUGUACAGGGAGGUCAUGCUGGAGAACUAUGGCCACCUGGUCUCCCUGGGAAUAGCAUUUUCCAAACCAAAACUCAUUACACAGCUGGAACAAGGAGUGGAGCCCUGGAGGGACGGCUGCAGUUGCCUUUUGGACCUUUGUCCAGAACCCAGGACAGAAUUAGAGCCCGCUCUCUCCUGCCCGACAAACUUCGCUAACCCACAAGUCCUCAGAGUGUGUGUGCUGAGUGGACAACCUCCUCAGACUUUCCCAAGCCCACCAGCAGGCGGCAAUUUCCAGCCAGAAGCUCCGGCCUGUUCUAGCAGUGAAGGAGGUAAAGAGGAAGACAGCAGCGACUCUCUGCUGCGGAGGGCGAGUCCAACGAGGAUUCUGAAGACGUUCUUUAGCCCAUGUCAAGGCCAGGCAGCAUGCUGGGUAGAAAGCAACAGAAACCAACCAGACCUUGGCCUGGCCCCAGAAGGGCUCCCCGAGAAGGCAGGCACAAUGCUGGAGGGACCCGAUGUGUCAGAAUCCGGAGCCAUCAUCCAUGGAGCGUUUCCACUAGGGCUUAACGAUGCCACAAGCCUGUUCGGCCCUCAGAAGCAACAUGUAUAUCCUGACUGUGGACAAGGCUUUUGCCAGAGGUCAGACCUCAUGAAGCUCCAGAGGGUGCACGGAGGGGAGAAGCCUUACUCGUGCUCUGAGUGCGGGCAUCAGUUUACCCAGAAGGCUUCUCUCACUGUUCAUCAGAGGAAACAUUCGGGAGUGAAGCCACAUGUGUGUGGGGAAUGUGGGCGAGGCUUCAUGUAUGUAUCGUCUCUCAACAGCCACAAGAAGAUUAUUCACUCUGGAGAGAGACCCCUUGUAUGUCCGGAUUGUGGGCGAGGCUUCCGCCAGAAGAUCGACCUCCUCCUCCACCAGCGCACUCACCUGGACAAAAAGCCCUUUGUGUGUCCUGAGUGUGGGAAGGGCUUCUGCCGGAAGGCCUCACUAAUACAACACAGGUGGAGCUCACACUCGGGUGACAAUCCCUUCAUCUGCUCAGUGUGUGGGCGUGGUUUCAGGCUGCUCUCAAGGCUCCUCACCCACCAGAUCACACACUCCGGGGAGAAACCGUAUGUUUGUGCUGAAUGUGGCCAGCGCUUUGGCCAAAAGGGCACGCUCAUCCGACAUCAGAAGACACACACAGGGGAGAAGCCUCACGUGUGUCGCCAGUGUGGCUGGGGUUUCACCCAGAAGGUCAACCUCAUUAGGCACCAGAGGAUCCAUACGGAGGUAAAACCUUUCUUGUGUCCCGAGUGUGGGCGAGCCUUUGAGUUUAAGUCGCUCCUUACCAGACACCAGAAGACUCACACAGGGGAGAAGCCCUAUGUGUGCUCCCAGUGUGGUAGGGGUUUUAGUCAGAAGAUCAACCUCAUUGGGCACCAGAGGAUCCACGCAGGGGAGCUACCUUUUCUGUGCUCUGAGUGUGGGCGUGCCUUUGUAAAGAAGGCAACGCUGAUCAGGCACCAGAGGACCCACGCAGGGUGGGAGAAGCCAUACCAGUGUUCCGAGUGUGGACGAGCCUUUGAGUUUAAGUCGCUCCUCACCAGACACCAGAAGACACACACAGGCGAGAAGCCCUAUGUGUGCCCUCAGUGUGGCAGGGCCUUUAGCCAGAAGUUCAACCUCAUCGGGCACCAGAAGACGCACACGGGGGAAAAGCCCUACGUGUGUCCCCAGUGCGGUCAGAGUUUCAGGCAGAAGUUCAACCUCAUCAGGCACCAGAGGAUUCACACAGGGGAGAGGCCAUUCCUGUGCGCAGAGUGUGGGCGUGCCUUUGGAAAGAAGGUCUCUCUCAUCAGACACCAGAGGACCCACGGCGAUGAGAAGCCUUACCAGUGCCCUGAGUGUGGACGAGCCUUUGAGUUUAAGUCGCUCCUCAUCAGACACCAGAAGACACACACGGGGGAGAAGCCCUAUGUGUGCUCCCAGUGUGGCAAGGCUUUUAGCCAGAAGUUCAACCUCAUCGGGCACCAGAGGAGCCAUACAGGGGAGAAACCUUACCCGUGCCCUCAGUGCGGGCGUGCCUUUGGUUUUAAGUCACUUCUCACCAGACACCAGAGGACACACUCCAAGUAG